AUGUCUUCUACCCAAGCCGAGUCCAGUUCUGCAGCGACACCGCGAGAGUCCAGGAAGAAGGGUCGUAUGCCUGGUUCUAAAAACUUCACCGAUCAUGAAAUCUUCACGUACAUCAAGUUCAUCCAUGACCGGCUUCCGACGGGAUUUGGAGAGUGGGAUACGGUGUAUAAGGAGUAUAAUAAAUGGGCAGAGAGCAAUGGGUUUACCAAGCGACCGCAAGAGAGUUUGAAGAAGCAAUGGAACCAGCGUGUGAAUGCUAUCAAAACAAUCGACGACCCACGAUGCCCAUGGGAUGUCCAGCUGGUUAAAAAAAUCCUCCAAGAGAUUGAAGCAGGCCAUCAGAUAUACAACAUCGAUGAUAGUGACGGAUCUACCCUCGAAGGAAACCCGAACCGCAACAGCAGUAAUGGUAAUAAUGCCAAUUCCGAAAGCGCGCCGCCGCCUGCAACGAGUCAGAACCACCCGCAUAAUAUACUUCCAAUGGGAGGUGUAGGGGCGGGGGCGGGGCCAUUCACACCGUUUUCUCCAUCUGGUUCAUCGCUGGAGCAGGAGGGUUUUAAUAACCCUCAUCCAAGAUCUCCAAUAAAUUCACCGCUCCAAUCAACAGCAGAGCAACAGCAACGUCGUCUUCCUCAACAAAUCGAUGGGGCCCAACCUUCACAUCCUCCAGCUGCCACACCAUCGGUUCAAUCAUCCAACGAGUUCCGCCGUCCUUCAAGACCUCAGCAGUCAUCACAGGACCCGGAGAUAGGAAGGUUCUUAGAAUUCUCGCGGCAAGCUGACCACGAGCCAAAGACAACAGUACACCACUUCCUCGAGCGCGAAAGUUACGAGAAGAGUCUACAGAUCAUCCGGCUUGAGGAUAAGCUCGAGCGGAUCCAGUCUAGACACGCCGAUGAGCUUGCAAGGCUGCAGGAGAAAGUUGAGAGGUUGGAUAGAAGGAAUAGAAAGCUAGAACAAGAUAACCAUGUGCUAAAAAUCAAGCAUAUGCUGUUAAGGGGAGAUAAUGGGGAUGGUAAAAGGAAACGGAGCAGGAUUUCUCUAGACAUUGAAUCCGAAAAAGAGGAUGGAGAGGAGAGUGAUGAUGAAGGUGCUGCUUAUACGGUGGCUCCAGAGGCUGUACAUGAGCAGUUAUAG